AUGAACUCUGGGAAUGAUUCCUGGCAUCCCUCGGCCGGUGGGCCUCCGUCGCACCCUGGCAUGGAUCAGAUGAACCAACAGCCACGGCCUUUGGGGUCGUUCGGUCAAAAUCCCCCUCAGCAAGGCCCGGCGUCGCAACCCUCGGGGCCCGUUCUCCCUCCUCCAUCCGGUCCCUACCACCCCGGUGGCCAAGCCGGUCACUCCCUCCCCGGCCUAGCAGAAUUGAGCCAGAGCCACGGGGCUCCUCACCAACCGCCUGCGUACGGACAGCACCCCGCGGGCCCGGCUCAUGGCACCGGUCACUCUCUUCCCGGCAUUGGCCAGGCCAUGUCACAUGCCUCCCCCCAGUCUCUGAACCGGGAGCGCGAGCGGGACUCUCGAGAGCGUGAGAUCCUCGAGCGCCAGCGCCAGGAAGAGAUGGCGCACCGCGAGCGCGAACAGAUAGAGCGCCAGCAAAUGGAACGCCAACGCGAGCACCACCCGGUUCAGAGCCACACGGGCUCAAUUCCCCUCCACCAGCCGGUCGCCUCGAAAGUGCCCAAUUCCAUCCACGGCCCGAACGGUCUUCUGUCGAAUCUCGGCACCAACCCGCCCAAUGGCCCACAGGCCAAUGUCCAACAACCCGGUGGACCGGCGGCUCUUUUCGGUGGACCUCAGAUGCCGCACGGCGAUGGUACCCCGAGAUCAUAUAUGCAACACCCUGCAGGUCCUCCCAUGAUGGGAUAUAAUGGACAGGGGCAGCAGAUCCCCGGGAAUGUUGCGGCCCUGGCUCAGGGUCAGCAGCCGAUUCUCAACGAUGCCCUCAGCUAUUUGGAUCAGGUGAAGGUGCGAUUUGUAGACCAACCCGAUGUGUACAAUCGGUUCUUGGAUAUAAUGAAGGACUUUAAGAGUCAAGCCAUCGACACUCCAGGUGUCAUUCAGAGGGUUUCGACGUUAUUUAACGGUCAUCCUGCCCUCAUCCAAGGCUUCAACACCUUCUUGCCUCCAGGAUACCGUAUCGAAUGCGGUACUGAAGACAAUCCAGAUGCGAUUCGCGUAACCACCCCAUCUGGGACAAACACCCUGAGCAUGCCCCGCGCGGGCCGCUCACUUGAUGCUGCUAAUGAUCUGGGUCCUUCUGGGGGCCAUGGCGCUCACCCUCGUGCUGAUUAUUACGAACAGUCUCGCCCUGGCUGGCAGCAGACUCCGCAGCAACAGCCACAAGGUCAUCAGCAAGGUGCACCUGGCUCAUAUUCUCCCGGCUCGCGUAUGAUGGGUCCUUCUGCCAUGUACCAGCAGGAAGGGCAGGCCCCUCCUCAAGAUCAUCACUUUGGAUAUCAAACCCAGGAGGCUCAGGGUGCUUCGGCGCUGUCUCAUCCUCAGGAUCAUCGUGGUGUGGCCCAGUUGCAGGGGGCAGCUUCGGCGGCAUCUGGGUUGGGAAGACCGUCGAUGCUCCCAGUUUCUGGAGCUGGAUCGAAUCAAACAAUGAGUAGUUUGGCCGGCGUAGGUGGGAUGCUUCAGGGUGGGCAUGCGGAUUUGAACAAGCGGGGCCCUGUCGAGUUCAACCAUGCGAUCAGUUAUGUGAACAAGAUAAAGAACCGUUUCUCCUCCGCGCCUGAGAUCUACAAACAAUUCCUUGAAAUCUUGCAGACCUACCAGCGAGAGUCAAAGCCCAUCCAGGACGUCUACGCUCAGGUUACUCAACUUUUCAACACUGCUCCUGACCUCUUGGAGGAUUUCAAGCAAUUCUUGCCUGAGUCUGCUGCCCACGCGAAGCAGCAGGCGCAGGCAAGAAUGGCCGAAGAGGCCGUCCCUACCUCUAACCUCCGUGGUGAGCCUGUUGGCUUACCCUCUUCUACUCCCAGCCGUGACGUGAAGAUGCCCCCUCUCGGUCAGUUCAACGUUAAGGACUCCGGGAAGGAGAGUAAGAAGCGUCGUGGUGGCCCUGGUGUUGGUCUCUCGUCCGUGUCCGGACCUGCUGGUGUUGACGCGGCUCGCAUGCCCGAGGCUCGAGGAGGUCCCCCUGCGGGCUCUUUCACUAAUGGAAACAAAAGACCCAAGCACUACCAUGGCAAGCCUUCUGGCGCUGACAUGGCCAACGUCUCUCCAACUUUGAUCCCUGCUCUCCCCGAACCGGUUCCCCCAAGUGUGAUGACCACACCCAGCCAGGAGGAGAUUGCCUUUUUUGACCGUGUCAAGAAGUUCAUUGCGAACAAGCAGAUCUUCAGUGACUUCUUGAAGUUGUGCAACCUGUACACCAAUGACCUGAUUGAUCGGUUUGUUCUGGUCAAGCGGGCAGAGGGUUUCAUCGGCUCUAACGCUGAGCUCAUGAGCUGGUUCAAGCGCUUCAUGAAUGUGGAAGAGCCUGAGGACAAGACCAUCGACCCCAAGCCCCAGACUGAGGCUGGCGUGGUGAACCUCGCACACUGUCGGUCCUUGGGACCAAGCUAUCGUUUGCUGCCCAAGCGCGAGCGCCAGAAGCCGUGCAGUGGCCGUGAUCAGCUUUGCCAUGAUGUCCUGAACGAUGAGUGGGCUUCACAUCCCACCUGGGCCUCGGAAGAUUCCGGAUUCGUUGCCCACCGAAAGAACCAGUUUGAAGAUGCUCUGCACCGCAUUGAAGAGGAUCGUCACGACUACGAUCACCACAUCGAGGCCUGCACCCGCACUAUUCAGCUCAUUGAGCCUAUUUGCCAACAGUUCUUGCACAUGUCUGAAGCCGAGCGGGCGAACUUCAAGUUGCCUCCCGGCCUGGGUGGUCAGAGUGAGGCCAUCUAUCAGCGCGUGAUCAAGAAGGUCUAUGACCGCCAGCGUGGUGAGAAGAUUAUCCGCGACAUGUUUGAGCGUCCAUGCCAGGUUCUGCCUAUCGUUCUCUACCGCCUUAAGCAAAAGCUUGAGGAGUGGAAGGCGUGUCAGCGCGAAUGGGACAAGGUCUGGCGUGAACAGAUGCAGCGCGCCUACUGGCGCAGUCUGGAUCACCAGGCAAUAGCCACUCGUUCAACCGAUAAGAAGCUGUUCAUUGCUAAGAACAUACAAGCAGAUCUUCAGGCCAAGCUUGAGGAGACCCAGACCAUGCGCAAGGGCGGACUGAAGCCCCCCAAGUACCAGAUGGAGAUGAAGUUCCAGGAUCUGGAUGUUCUGCUGGACACUGCCCAUCUACUUUGCCUCUUCUUUGAUCGGAGUAGCAACGCCUUUGGCGCGGACCCGUCUCGUCUGAUCAACUUUGUCAAAGACUUUAUUCCUGUUUUCUUUGGACUGGACCGUGAGGCUUUCCUUGAUUACAUGGAUGAGUUGAUGCUCAAUGCUACUCCUGCCGAGGAGUUGGAGGAUCAGUAUGGUGCUGAUGAUACUUCCAUGGCCAGCCGUAAGGCUGUCAACACGCAGAAGCUGGAUCUCUUGCGUGAGACUCUCGAGCGCAAGACAGAGAAGAGCAAUGCCCAGGUUCAGGAAGAUGGUGUUGCUCCCAAUGCUGCGCCUGCUUCUGCGCCUGCCACGACCCAGCUCGCCACUCCGGAUGUUCGGGCGACCUCUACAGCCGUUUCCGAGCCCGAGGACCACUUUGACGUCGCCGAGUUGAAGUGGAUGGAGCAUCCUGGCCAGGGUAACUUCAAUCUGGAGCGCGAGUACACCCUGAACGAGAAGUACAAGAAGACUGAGUACCACAUGUAUUCCAAUUUGACCCUCUUGUGCCUCCUGCGCACUUUCGAGAUUCUGUACUCUCGGCUGCUGCGCAUCAAGGAGCAGGAAGCCGAGGCUCACGAGCAGGUCCGCCGUGGUCUUUUGCCCAAGCCUGCCCACGAGUUGUGCUUGAUUGACCGCUUCCCCGGUGAUUUCUUCUACGAUGUUGACCCGAAGGCCAACCUGUACAAGCAGAUUGUACGGAUGUGCGAGGAGGUUAUCCGCGGGGACAUCGAUCAGCUCCACCUGGAAGAGACUCUCCGUCGAUUCUACAUGCAAGGUGGUUAUCUGUUGUACAACCUGGAGCGCAUCUUCUCAUCUAUUGGCAAGUUCGUGGGUAUGAUAUUCACUGCCGAUAUCAAGGACCGCAGCUCGGAUAUCGCGAACCUGUUCUUCAAGGAACGCGAAAAGACAGAAACCACCCAUCAUCAAGAGAUGCAAUACCGCAAGCAGGUGGAGAGGUUGAUCAAGGAAGGCGAUAUGUACCGUAUUACCUACGUGAUUCCCAUCCGACCGUCACGUCACCGUCCAGGUCAUGACCAACGAAGACGCCACCCUAGACAGCGAAGAUCUCACCCCGAAGCCCGCUGGUCCUACUACGUCACAGCCUACUCCAUGCGCGAUCCCACCGAAGGCGUCUCAUAUUCCGACAUGCGCAUGCCCUUCCUAAAGCGCAACCUCCCCCACAAACUCGACGAGGACGAGGAAUACGACCGCUUCUACCGCCGUCUCCAGCACCACGAUGGCCUGAUCAUUCGCAUCUGCGCCAAUAACUACACAAUCCUCUACCAGCCCCCCAGCCACGAUUGGUUCUGGCGCUCCACCGUGCCAAUCCUCGAUAAGGAUGCUGACGCAGAGGCUAUCAAGGCCAAAGAAGAGGAGCAGAACAAGGAGAAGACUUCUACUCGUGAGAAGCGUCAUGAUCGUUUUGUGGAGAAGUUUGUCAAUAAUCCUAAUUGGGCACGUGGUCUGAGUAAGGAUAAGGUUGAUGAGUCGAAUCAGCGGUUCCGGUCUUGGUUGAAUGGGACGCUUGAGAAGGAGGAUUCUGUUCCUGCUGAGACGGCGGAGCCUGUCGCGGCUCCUGCUGCACCCAGUGCCACUGCUGAUUCCCAGAGCGACGUUCAGCAGACAACCGAGCAGGUUGAUACCGACAUGGCAGAUGCCGAACCUCCAGCUGCUACAGAGGCGUAA